CCCAAGAGCUUGAAGGCGUAGCUCCAGGCUCGCCCUGCCCACAACUGUAAACGUCACCUCCGCCCUUUUUCUCUGCGACGUGGCCGGCUUCUUCUGCCCAGAGAGCAUGUCACUUCCGCCAAAUCUCUGACCUGCUGCUAGGAUCGCGACGGGAACUGGAACCCGAGGUCCCCGCGCGGUCCGGGCCUCGCGCCCUGAGGGGAAGAGCGGCCCGGCCCAGCCAUGACGGACGGGAUUCUAGGGAAGGCAGCCACAAUGGAGAUUCCCAUCCACGGAAAUGGCGAGGCUGGGCAGCUUCCUGAAGACGAUGGGCUGGAGCAGGACCUCCAGCAGGUGAUGGUGUCAGGACCCAACCUCAAUGAAACUAGCAUUGUGUCUGGUGGCUAUGGGGGCUCUGGUGACGGACUCAUCCCCACAGGGUCUGGCCGCCAUCCGUCUCACAGCACCUCACCUUCUGGCCCUGGUGAUGAGGUGGCCCGAGGCAUCGCUGGAGAAAAGUUUGACAUUGUCAAGAAAUGGGGCAUCAACACAUAUAAGUGCACAAAGCAGCUGUUAUCAGAGAGAUUUGGCCGAGGCUCCCGGACUGUGGAUCUGGAGCUAGAGCUGCAGAUUGAGUUGCUGCGUGAGACGAAGCGCAAGUAUGAAAGUGUCCUGCAGCUGGGCCGGGCACUGACAGCCCACCUCUACAGCCUGUUGCAGACCCAGCAUGCACUAGGUGAUGCCUUUGCUGACCUCAGCCAGAAGUCCCCAGAGCUUCAGGAGGAAUUUGGCUAUAAUGCAGAGACACAAAAGCUGCUGUGCAAGAAUGGGGAGACGCUGCUGGGGGCUGUCAACUUCUUUGUCUCUAGCAUCAACACGCUGGUCACCAAGACCAUGGAAGACACACUCAUGACUGUCAAACAGUAUGAGGCUGCCAGGCUGGAAUAUGAUGCCUACCGGACAGACUUAGAAGAGCUGAGCCUAGGGCCCCGGGAUGCAGGGACUCGUGGUCGACUUGAGAGUGCCCAAGCCACUUUCCAGACCCAUCGGGACAAAUAUGAGAAGCUGCGGGGAGAUGUGGCCAUCAAGCUGAAGUUCCUGGAAGAAAACAAGAUCAAGGUGAUGCACAAGCAGUUGCUGCUCUUCCACAAUGCCGUGUCUGCCUACUUCGCUGGGAACCAGAAACAACUGGAGCAGACUCUACAGCAGUUCAACAUCAAGCUGCGGCCUCCAGGAGCCGAGAAGCCUUCCUGGUUAGAGGAGCAGUGAGCGGCUCCCAGCCCAACUUGGCUAUCAAGAAGGACACUGGGCGGGGCAGCCCCAGGGUGAAGGAGAUUGGACAUGGGAUGUCCUUUGCCACUUACUUGCUGGCUUGGGCUCCCCUUUCCUGGCUGGGGUCUGACACCAGUUUUGCCCAUCCUGCUGUGGUCUGAAGAGGGCCUGUAGGCCCAGAAGCUGCUGCCCUGUCCUUUAUCUUCCCAGCCACUGGGCUUCAUUCCCAGGUCUUUUCCUUUCACUCCACAGCCAAAGGCUAUGACAAAACACUCCCUGGCCAAUGGCACCACUCCUCAGGCCUAUCCCCAGCUCUUGGGAUGUGCCCCUGACCAAAGACAGGACCUCAAAAGGCUCUGUCAGCCAAUGGCAGCUCUUCUUGGGCUCCCCUGGGCCAAUAGUGUUGCCUCCAGUACCCUUUGUCCCUCCUCAAUGUGUGUCCAUUGCAGAGAAGGGAACUGGGACCAAAGGGGUGGGAAUAAUGGGGAGCCCCACUUGUGGCCCUGCAUCUGAAUGGGCCUUCCCCUCAUCCACCCACCCAGUUGAACUGUGCUUAGAGCCUCAGAAGACUGGGUUCUAGCACUAGGAAUAAACCUUUCAUAAAAGCA